ACAUACAUAUAAGAAUUUUAAUAUAUCAGAUGACUACAUGUAAUGUGAAAGGGAGUGACCUACUGAGAAUUAUCACCUCAUUCCCUCAGCUCCACGGUGUUUCAGUGUCUUUCAGCUCAUCAUUCUGGUUGUCCAACCUACAACUCAAUGCUUGCUCUACACAAAGACACCCAUUGAUGACGCAGAGUCGCAGUGCUGCAAAAUCUCACAGACAGCAACGUCCAAUUCAAAUACCAGGAUUUGUCCAACGGAGAGAACAAACAUCUGAGCCACCAGGCCACAGAAGUAACAAAGGCCCAUCACUACCAUGAAGUUAUCUUUUGUUCUGGUUUUUGCAUUCACCCUUCCAUUCAUCGGGGCUCAGGUGCCCCACUGGGGACCCUGUCCCGAGCCCUCCGUUCAAUCAGCCUUCAGUCUUAAGCAGUUCAUGGGGAGAUGGUUUGAAAUUGCCAAACUGCCGGCCCAGUUUGAGAAGGGACGGUGCAUCGAAACCAAUUUCACUAUGAGGACAGACAACUCCAUUCGAGUGGUCAGCUCCGAAAUACUAAAAGGUGAGCUGAGGAAAAUCGAAGGGACUGGAGUCAUAGAGGAUCUGAAGAAUCCCGCCAAGCUGGGAAUAAGUUAUUCCUACGUCCUGCCCUACUCCCCUUACUGGAUCCUGUCCACCGACUACGUGAACACGGCCCUGGUCUAUUCCUGCACGGACGUCCUGAGGCUCUUCCACGUUGACUUCGCCUGGAUCCUGGGCCGAACACGAACCCUGCCGGACUCCACUGUGGAGAAAGCAAAGGAGAUCUUUGCCAACAACAACAUCGACGUGAGCAGGAUGAUUGCCAGCAGGCAGCAAGGCUGCGACAAAAUUCUCUGAGCACCAACAGAAAUUCACCACCUGAUGGUCCUAUUACCAACAGGAGGGAAAACUGAAAAAUGUUUGACUAAUAUUUUAUGG